GUGAACAUGGAUCAAGAAGCCUCGAUUUAAAACUUCUGUGAUUGCAACAGAAGAAAGAAGAUGAAACUGUACAAUUUAGAAAUAUAUUCAUUUAAUCAAAACGAAUUUGGAGAGAAAGGAUGAGAAUGGUCGUUCAAAAGGAUUCGGUUUUUGUUGCUUUGAGACCGCCAAAAUGGCCGAAGAUGUAAAAAUUUUCUUCUCUAUUUUGAAGUCACCGUGUACUGAUCAUUAUCCAAUUAUUUUUCAAGGCUAUCAAAGCGUUUAAUGGUUAUACGCUUGGUGAUAAACAGUUAUAUGUUGGACGAUUUCAAAAUAAAAACGAACGAAGAGCGGAAAUAAAACGGCAAAGAGAUUCACAACUUGAAGAACGUAUGAAAAAAUAUGAAGGACUGAAUUUGUUUAUUAAAAAUUUGGAUGAUACAAUUGAUGAUGAACGUUUAAAAAAAGAAUUCGAUAAAUUUGGAACAGUUACAAGUGCAAAAGUUAUGACUGAUGGUAGACGAUCCAAGGGAUUCGGAUUCGUUUCCUUCGCGAAACCAGAUGAAGCAGAAAGGGCUAUUACUGAAAUGAAUGGUACGAUUGUUGGUUCUAAGGGUUUACAUGUUGAUUUCCUAGAACAAAAAGCAGACCGUCGUGUCCGGUUGACAAACGAGCAUCAGGAACGUAUACGUGCAUCACGAAUUCAAAACUCUCAAAUGCAGUCUUCAAGUAUUAUGGUACCCUGUUUAGUGAUGAUGCCCCUCCAAUCAAUAAACUCUUGUUCCGUGCCGCCCUUGCCUGCAAUGUGCCACCAGCAGGAUGAGCUUACACGUCAAAUAGCGGCCUUGUUUCCUUCUCGUGCUCAUGCACCAACUGUACAAAAUACGAUGACCCGUCCGAUGCCAGCACGACCCAAUUAUUCAUCCGGCAACGAUGCAGAUUAA